AUGUCGACCGUCACGAACUCGUGGAUGCCUGCACCGGGGCGGUACCCUGUCAGCGUGGGCUCGUCCCUCGGACGUGCGCUCAAGGUCCGCAAGGGCGUGCAGGUGCCCCCGAAGAAGUUCGAGCGUGAUUUCUACAACUUCAAGUACAACUUCAUGCCCGAGUCGGUGGAUCCAACCAAGUCGGGGACGGUGGAUGUGAGGCGGGGGAAGGACACGACCGCUGUUAAUGUCAUGCGCGGCAGCUCUCAGGUCAGUCUUGUGCACAUGAUCGGGGGUACUGUGGCCUCGACUGACGAGAGGUGCGCCGGACAGUCGGAGGAGGGCGGACUCUUGUUCGUAGGGCAGGAACACGCUUCGAAGGAAGUAGAUUGCGUGCUGAUAUACGAUGAGGAGACGGGAGAAUAUACCCUCGAGAAGAUCGAGGCGACUAUCAACCUGACUUUCGACCGCAAGACGUCUCAAGCACCGCGCCAUCCCAGCUUGCCACCGGUCGCUCCUAGUAUCGCCACGUCCACAUCUACAUCGUCCUCCCACUCACAUACACCAGCGCCGUCUCGUCCUCCAGCACAGUCGCAAGCUGACAUCGACUUUGAUAACGAGCUCCUUAAGGAGCUCGUUUCCGAUACGAAGCAAAAGGGGAAGAGUCUGCCCUCACGUCCGUCCGCAAGCAUGAAUUCGUCAUCUGCAUCAAUCUCAUUAAAGGCCGCAGCAGAGAGGGUGCGAGCCAGGCAAGCAGAGCUCCUGAAGGAGGAGGAGGAGGAAGGAGAAGUAAGUGAGGGCGAGAUCGUGGAGAAGCCCUGGACACCGGAAUCCGCCGCGAGAGCGAAACUCGCUGUGAGGCCUGCGGCAGUGCACGCCACGGCGACACCAACAUCGCGCCCGAAUCCUCCUUCAGAGGUGUCUGCUAGGUCUCGUCCAUCGCAGGCGCGUCUUCCGUCCUCCACGGCGACGAAGCCUCCGUUAUCUGGCGGGAAGAAUAAGCGGUCUUUACCUGUGGACGUGGAGGAGGAAACGCUGGAGUUUGGCCGAGCGGCGCAGCCUCUGAAGAGGGCACGCCCGUCACCGCCUCCGUCGUCAAAGCCGAAGGAAAAGGAGAAGGGCAUAGAGAGAGAGAAGACGUUCGAGCUUGCCUUGCCGUCAUCGUCUCACGCGCCAUCCUUACCCAGCGCAGUUUCCGUAGAGCUCUCUCUUCCCGGCUCCUCCUCCGAUGCGGUCUUGCUGCCACCUGCGCCCGUCGCGCCGCUCGACUCCGAGGACGAAGACUGGGACGAGGUGCAGCCCUCGCCGACGCCCGCACCCGCGCCGGCGCCGCUCUUCCCGCCACGCAAGAUCGAGAUGGAGGAGAUCGUGCCGACGUCGUCGCGUAGGCCCGAAUCUGAGCAGGAGGAAGACGACGAGGACGACAUGGAGGAGACGGAGAUCGACAUGCGCGCGUUCGAGGCGGAGAUGAAUCGGCACCUAGAUGCUGGAGAGGACGUGGAGGUGGAGGCAGAGGCGGAGGAGGAGGAGGACUGGCUUGCAGCGGAUAUGUCGCAGGGCGGUGAGCGCGGGGCUGCUGAACAGGGUGCGGUCAUGCCGGAGUGGGGAGACGAAGAUGAUUAUUCGAGCAGUGAGGAGAGUGACGAUGACUAG